AUGUCUAAGGCCCUGGAGGAGAGCAAGGCGGCCGCGCCUCCCCCCAAGCCGCUGUUCGGGAGCUGUUGGAGCUGCCGCAUCCUGUCCGGCUCGGCGCUGAUUGGGGCCGGGUACUGGGUCUAUCUAGGCCCGCGCAGGGUUAUAAGCCGGGGCAUCGCCCCCUCCCCGUGGAACAUUUUCCAGCUCUCCUUCGCAGUCAGUCUCGCCUGCUGGGGUGUAGUCAUCCUAGCUGAUCCAGUUGGGAAACAGAAGAAGUAGAACAAACAAGGCAGGACAAGGUGCAGCUGCUGCACUGGCCAAGUCAAAAAAUGUGCAUUUGGGACAAUAACAUGAAUCCAAGAGAAAACUGUUUGCUUUUUCUUACUAUGGUAGCCUCCCAGUGGUACCUGAGAGAGAAGAGACCCACUCCAACUCCCCCUUUACUAUGAUCCUCAUCUUCCUCUCCGCUGAGCUCCAGCUGCCUGCAGCCCUUCCCUCUCUGCUUGCCUUAUGCCAUGGCAGCUCCCCAGACUGUCCCGCUGGUGCAAUCCCCCAGACUAACUCCUGCUUAUGGGAUGAGCUAUGACAGUAUUUCUCCCCACGUCUUGACUCACCCUGUUCAUUCCAACAUCCAGUUCUAAUUUAACCUCCUGCUGCUUUGAACCCCCCUUGGCUCCAGCUAGUCUCUGCUCUUCCACCCAUCAGUCUGCUUCUCUAGAACAGGUCUCUUUCUGCACAAUGUGUCCUUUUCAGAGCUCAGCUGAAACCAGUUUGCCUGUUGUUCCCUCACUUCUCUAUUUAUGGUAACCUGGGAUGGGGGAAGGCAGCUUUUGGGGAGAAAAAUUUGCACAAAAGGAUGUCCUGUGACUUGUCCAACAAGGAAUUGGCCCCAGGGGGGCCUGGACUCACAGAACUGGUGGGGGAGGAAUUGCAUUUCAGUCUAUGCUAGGAAGCAGUGAAUAAGCUGGAAGAUGGUUUGGAGAAGAACCACAAGAAUGAUUAAAGGAUUAGAAAGCCUGCCUUGGA